AUGGAUCCCCUCCAGCCCAGUGACUCGGCCGCAAACCGCGGUCCGCGUUCAAACACUCGCAAGCGCUCAAGAGAGCCAGAUGACAUGUCCUCUCCCGCUGCAUUGCCCCCCUCCAGUCCCGCCGCCCUCGGUUCAUCUCCUCCCCCAAUGCCAUUCGACGAGGAUGAUGACGACGAUGAGGAAGCUGAGAUGAUCCCCGAUAUUGAUGAUAUGGAUGAGCUGGCGGAAGAUGAGGAGGGCAUUGACCUGUUCGGCGACGAUUUCCAGCGUGAUUAUGAAGGUGGCCCGGACGAGUACGUCAAUGAGGCAUAUAUUGAUGAUGAUGGAGAGCACCGGGAGCUCACCGCCGCUGAGCGCCGCCAGCUGGAUUCUCGGUUGGACCAAAGAGAUAUGGCUCGCCGCCGCAUGCCGGCUGCGUUCCUGCAGGAUGACGACGACCAGGAACUGGAUCUUGCGCGCCAACCACGACGUCGCCGACACCACUACGACGAGGACCAUGAGGACAUUGAUAUGGGAGAAGAUGGCAUGCAAGAGCUGACAUUAGAGGAGUUGGCUGAUGUGAAGGCCGCUAAUAUCACUGAUUGGGUCACCCAGCCUCAAGUCCUUCGCUCUAUUUACCGCGAGUUCAAGGCUUUCCUGACAGAGUUCAUUGAUGCCAGUGGUCAGUCAGUUUACGGUAACCGCAUCAAAACUCUGGGUGAAGUCAACUCGGCUUCCCUGGAGGUGUCCUACGCCCAUCUGAGUAGCAGCAAAGCGGCACUGUCAUACUUCCUUGCCAACGAGCCUACUGAAAUUCUCAAGGUCUUUGACCAGGCUGCGCUUGAUGUCACCCUCUUCUACUACCCCCAGUACCACGAUAUUCACAACGAGAUUCACGUGCGCAUCACCGAUAUCCCCGUUAUCUAUACUCUCCGCCAGCUGCGUCAGUCUCAUCUCAACUGUCUUGUCCGUGUUGGUGGUGUGGUCACUCGCCGUACCGGUGUCUUCCCACAAUUGAAAUUUGUCAUGUUCCUCUGCCAGAAAUGUGGUAUCACUCUGGGUCCUUUCCAGCAAGAGUCUAGCUCGGAAGUGAAGAUUUCCUUCUGUCAGAACUGCCAGUCCCGUGGUCCCUUCACGGUCAACAACGAGAAGACUGUCUACCGCAACUACCAGAAGUUGACUCUGCAGGAGUCUCCUGGUACCGUUCCUGCUGGUCGUCUGCCUCGUCAGCGCGAGGUCAUCUUGUUGGCUGAUUUGAUUGAUACCGCCAAGCCCGGUGAUGAGAUCGAGGUCACUGGUAUCUACCGUAACAGCUACGAUGCUCAGUUGAACAACAAGAACGGUUUCCCCGUUUUCUCUACCGUUAUUGAAGCUAACCAGGUGGUCAAGUCUCAUGAUCAGCUGGCCGGUUUCCGUUUGACGGAGGAUGAUGAGCGUGAGAUUCGCGCUCUGUCCCGCGAGCCUGACAUCGUCGACAGAAUUGUUCGGUCCAUGGCGCCCAGUAUCUACGGUCACCAAGAUGUCAAGACUGCCGUGGCUCUUUCUCUCUUUGGUGGUGUCAGCAAGCAGGCCCAGGGUAAGAUGUCCAUCCGUGGUGACAUCAACGUUCUGCUGCUUGGUGACCCCGGUACCGCCAAGUCCCAAGUGCUCAAGUAUGUGGAGAAAACAGCGCACCGAGCUGUCUUCGCCACCGGUCAAGGUGCCAGUGCUGUCGGUUUGACGGCCAGCGUUCGCCGCGAUCCGCUCACCAGCGAGUGGACCUUGGAAGGUGGUGCGCUUGUGCUCGCUGACCGUGGUACUUGUCUGAUUGAUGAGUUCGACAAGAUGAACGACCAGGACCGCACAUCUAUCCACGAAGCCAUGGAACAGCAGACCAUUUCUAUCUCCAAGGCCGGUAUUGUGACCACUCUACAGGCUCGUUGUGCGGUCGUCGCCGCUGCCAACCCCCAGGGUGGCCGCUACAAUGCUACCAAGCCUCUAUCGGAGAAUGUGGAGCUAACUGAGCCCAUUCUGUCUCGUUUCGAUAUCUUGUGUGUGGUCCGCGAUCUGGUCGAGCCCAGCGAGGACGAGCGCUUGGCCAACUUCGUGAUCGAAUCUCACCACCGCGCUAACCCCGCUCGACCCCUGCGUGACGACCAGAACAACCUGGUUGAUACCGAUGGCCACCUUAUCAACGAGGAGGGUUACCGCGUCGAUGAGCAUGGCCGGAUUCUCCCUCCCACACAAGAGGAGAUUUCCCAGCGUGCAGCCGAGCAGAAGAAGCAGGAAGAAGAAAGAGAGGGCGAGAUCCCACAAGAACUGCUACGCAAGUACAUCCUCUACGCCCGUGAGCGAUGCCACCCCAAACUGUACCAGAUCGACCAGGACAAGGUCGCCCGUCUGUUCGCAGACAUGCGUCGCGAGUCCCUGGCCACUGGUGCCUACCCGAUUACAGUCCGUCACCUCGAAGCCAUCAUGCGUAUUGCCGAGUCGUUCUGCAAGAUGCGUCUGUCAGAGUACUGCUCUUCUCAGGACAUCGACCGCGCCAUCGCCGUUACCGUUGAAUCCUUCGUUGGCAGCCAAAAGAUCAGCUGCAAGAAGGCCUUGUCCCGUGCAUUUGCCAAAUACACACUAGCCCGGCCCAAGCCGAUGUCCAAGCGUCGUGCGGGUGUCGCUGUGCCUAACCCGCAUUUGCCACGGAGUACGUCCGUCGCACAGUAA